AUGCCGUCAACUGCCCACUGGCGAUUGAAGGACAGCACCCCCCACAUCACCAUGCCACCCCUCCCCAAAGGAAGGGGCAUGCCGCCCAUCAGUGGCCACCUCAUGACACGAAACAACCCCAGGCAGGACAGACCCCAAUCAACAGCGUCAAAAGACAUAUGA